AUGGACGUGAAGCCACAGCGCCCACUGCGGCCAAUACGCGUCAGAAACGACGAGAAUGUUCCUCCCGAAGGCCAGGUUACCAAAACAAUCCAUCAUCGGAAUAAAUCGAGUCCAGCCCUGACAAGCACCUUCGCCGAAGUCCAAGGGCUGAAGGCUGCGGCAAAGCGAACUGCAUUUGGAGACGUGAGCAAUAUCGUUGCAGGCAGACCAAGCAAAGAUGAUUCAAUACUGCAUACCAAGCCGAGUCUACAAGCUGUCGUGAAACCUGGCCCAGCCCUCGAACAAAGAAGAUCCAUUGCCCUGCUGCGUCCCGCGCAAAAAGGGUUGAAGACCAUCCUUGCUGGAGCAACUGCCUAUGGGACAUCUAAGGCCUCUUCCAAUGCCACAUCCACAGAGACUGUGCUUGCACCACAGCCUGCUGCAACGAAAAAGACAUUGACAAAGCGUCAUACCACAAUCUUUAAAGAUAAUCGUCUUGCCGUGCUUCAAGAGACGGAAAUAAUCUCGAGCGAGUCAACGAACGAGAAUACGACGGAGACACAGAAACGCUCAAACUCAGAAAAUGCUGGAAUAGAGCCUCAGCUUUGCCUUCUUCCUCCUCCAGCGCCCGUUGUUGUUCCUGCUGAGCCGGUCAAAGAUGCUCAGGAUCUUCAUUCGGACACUAGCUUGCCUGGCAUAGAAGGUGUAAACCUGGGUCCUGCACUUUCGAGCGAGCCAUGUAGCGAGGCACAGGUGAAUGAUAACGGCAGCACUGUCGCAGAACACACUGCUCAACAAUUUUCACAGGAGCCCCCUCAUCGACCGCUCCCCAACAACCCUCUCCCCUCAAUGGAACCACACGCCACUGCCUUGCGAAACGAGCCACAACAUAUUCCUGUGGCAAGCCUCGUGAAUCCUGUCGAUAACAUUCCUCCUCUGAGUCCUCACCACUCCUAUAUCCAGCAACGACUCGAGCAAGAAGAGUAUUGGGAGGAAGAGGAUGACGAGAACUACGAAGAGGAAGAUUAUGUGACUGCCAGGUCUUUCCGAUCACGGGGUGACAAUACCACCGGCAGCGCUACGGCCGUCUUGUUUCCGCAGAUGAACCAACGGGCUCGCAAGGAAAUUGCUGCAGCGAAGCAGUUAGUCGAAGCCACUCGUUCUCCCGAGGAGGUGGAAGAUGAAAGCUACGACACGAGCAUGGUCGCCGAGUAUGGAGAGGAGAUCUUUGAUUACAUGAGACAGCUCGAGGUGAAGAUGCUUCCGAACGCCCACUACAUGGAUAACCAGCAUGAAAUUCAAUGGUCCAUGCGCUCGGUCUUGAUGGACUGGCUUGUCCAAGUCCACCUCCGGUUCAACCUACUACCAGAGACGCUCUUUCUUACAGUCAACUACAUUGAUCGGUUCCUGUCGUGUAAGGUCGUCUCUCUUGGCAAACUACAGCUUGUGGGCGCAACGGCUAUCUUCAUUGCUGCAAAAUAUGAAGAGAUCAAUUGUCCGUCGGUCCAGGAAAUUGUGUACAUGGUCGAUGGUGGUUACAGUGUGGAUGAGAUUCUCAAAGCCGAGCGGUUUAUGCUUACCAUGCUUCAAUUCGAACUUGGCUUCCCCGGCCCCAUGAGUUUCUUGCGCCGGAUAAGCAAAGCCGACGAUUAUGACCUGGAGACGAGGACUCUGGCUAAGUAUUUCCUUGAAGUGACCAUGAUGGAUGAACGUUUCAUUGGCAGUCCUCCAAGUUUCACGGCGGCGGCAUCGCAUUGUCUCGCGCGUAUCAUGCUCCGGAAAGGCACUUGGACCGCUCACCACGUUUACUAUUCCGGUUACACGUACAGCCAACUCAGACCACUGAUCAAUUUACUACUGGAAUGUUGCGAGGAUCCACGGAAGCAUCACAACGCAGUGUUCAAUAAGUACUGCGACAAACGCUACAAGAGAGCAUCGGCCUUCGUUGAGACCGAAGUCCAGAGAGGGUUCGAGUUGCCAGAUUCCGGCGCACCAAAUUCUUUCCUUCAAUCGACCAUGCUUUCAUUCUAUGAUAGCGUUCCUUAUCUUCGCAUGUGA